AUGUUCAAGGGGGAAGAAUGGCCGACCAAUCCAGACGAUUUCCUGGACUCGAUUUUCAAGCUGGAGGAUAAUCAAUUCAACCUGAUUGUCGAUGAUCUCGAUGCAAUUCCAUCGUCCUCCUCGGAUAGUGGACUUUCUAGUGCGUUGAGUUUGUCAUGUGAACAACAGCUGAGUCCAUUGUUACCGAUCGAAGAGGAUCAGGUGGAAAUUAGCAACUCUGAGAUGAGCAGUCCACAGAAUAUCAUGGACUUCGAUUCACUUGGUAGUCCUAAUCAAUCGAUGGCCAGCGUGGAUAGUCCUGUUAGAUCGGUGGUUAGCUCGAAUAUUGGUUCACCUGUUACGGAUGUUGCUGAAGAGAUGGAUGUGGAGCAGACACUCGUUGCUGUUGUGAACCCGAAUAAUACCUUGGCUGAUGCUAAUGCGGCCAUUGUUGCGGAGCAACCGGUUGUCGAUUUGGAGAAAACGUUGAAACAGCAACAAAUUCACGUCGCUGCCCAAGAGACAAACACGAUAAACGUUCGUAACAUCACGUGCAAUGGGAAACGAAAUAUCAGACAAUUAAUACGUGUCACACCGAUGGGAUCUGGUAAUCCAAGGUCGAUACUAUUGCCGGUUAGCCUGAAAGAUAUGAAAGAGGUUCGAACCAUCAAGAUUAUCAAUGCGUCGCAGGCAAGAAAUUUGAAAGGGUUCAAAAUCAAUCAGGCUAAUAUCAUCAAUAAGCCAGUUCAGAUGACCAUCAAACAAGAGGAUUCCAGCAGCGAGAAGGGUUGCAACUCGAGCGACGAAGUCUCAGAAACAGAUUCUCCUUAUCCGAGAUUAAAAUUGAACGCUGAAGAGAAGCGUCUGCUUCAGAAAGAGGGAAUCACUCUACCCACUCAUUAUCCCCUGACGAAACACGAAGAACGUGAACUGAAAAGGAUCAGGCGUAAGAUUCGUAACAAAAUCUCUGCUCAGGAUUCGAGGAAGAGAAAAAAGGAGUACGUGGACGGAUUGGAGGAUCGUGUGAAGCAGUGCAAUGAAGAAAAUAUGACGUUACUGAAACGCAUCAAGGCCCUGCAGUCGCAGAAUCAGAGUUUAGCUGGACAGUUGAAGAGGCUGCAGGCUUUGUUGCAAAAGGGCAACAAAAGUGCACAGCCUGCUACUUGUCUGAUGGUCUUGUUACUUUCGUUGGCUCUCGUCGCUGUUCCCAAUCUACGACCACAUUCGAAUUCCAAUAAUGAACUGACACAGGAACAGGAACAGCCUGAGAAGAUGCCACCAUUGGCCGGUGGUUCACGAACGCUGCUCUAUACGAAACAACUGAUGGACGAGGAGCUGCAACAAUACAGCGAGGAAUUGCUGCAGGAGGUGGAGGGUCUCCUGGAUCACGAUUACAGCCCAGCGAUCCAACCGCCUCUCUACAAACGUCCUCGCAUGGACAUCGAACCGGCACCUAAAUGCGUCUCGUCUUCAGAUCACGUUGGAGGAACGCUCUGUGGAAGAGAGGAUAUAAUGAAACCGAGCAGAAAGUACAUCGAGCCACCGUUAGACGACGUUUGGCCACCACCGAAUCCUGGUGGGCAAAAAAACACCAAAGUGGUGGACAAGCUCGAAGCAUUGACCAACGAGCUGAAGAUCAACAUUUCAGAUGCAGAAGGCACGAGAACUGUGCUGUUAAAGGUGCCUCAAGAGCAAUAGAUCGGAUUAGAGGAGAGAACGUGCUGUAUUUUUCUAUUGUUCUUUCUUUCGUAACCCUUUACGAUCGAUGAGAGAACUGGGGAUCGUGAACAAUAUGAUUCAUGGUUUCUCUUUGAUUAAUGAGAGGAUUUAGAAAGGUAGCUGGAUACCUUAAUAUUAAUUAUAGGAGGCUAGAGAUGAAGUGGUAUUUUUAUUUACCACGAAUUAUUGUUGAACGUUCGAGAAUUAUUUAGAAAUAUUGCCCUGGUGCGAAGAUUGUAAAGGGUUGGAGUUUCGUUAAUCCAUUUACGGAUCGAUGGAAGAACUGAAGACUGUGAAGAAAAAGCAUCACAGUUUCUUUGAAUAGUAGAAGGACCUUAAUUUUGAUUGUGGGGGGCUAGAAACAAAAGUGGUAUUAUUAUUUACCACGAAUUAUUGUUGAAACUUCUAGAAUUAUUCAGAGAUAUCGUCCAUAGUUGUUUCAAGAUGAUAAUCUGUGUGUGGAGAUCGUAAAGGGUUAAAUGGUAGAUGGAAUGAACGCUAUAAGAACCAGCCAAGUGAAAAUGAACCAUCAGCAACUUUCCAGUAGUGCAGAAAACAAAAGAAAGUUAUAAUAAUCGGUAUCAAAAAUUCACUUUCUUUCCUUUUUGACUCGACUGGUUCUUCUAAUGUUAAAUAAGCUCCUCCAUGGAAGAAGCACAGGCGAUAAGGCGCGUAGAUUUUUAAUUAAUUUUCCUGCGUGAACAUUUCCUAGGGACUAAACGAGAUCCGUUAAGUAAAAGCUUCAUUCGUGAGUCCGUAGUUGUUAAGGGUCUAGUUUCUCGAUAGAUCAUGUGAGUUUCUUCGCACAUUCAUCCGUAAUUCAUCCACGCUAUUAUACUCAUCGAUCGAAUUUUUGGUCUUUUUCCUUCGCCGUUUUUUCGUCCAUAUACUAUCGAUCCUUUCUACGCAAUUUUCCAAGAGUUUUUAUCGAUCGAACGAUAUUUAAGAUUGAUCUAUUUAUAAGGAGAAUUUAUUACGAGAGUUUUACAGUUAUUAUUGAUGUUGCUGGUGAUGCAUGAUGUGAGUGUGUGAGUAAGUGAAGUGAGUGAGUGUGUAUGCAUGUAUGUACGUGUGCGAGAAAGAUUUGUAAAUAGUCACUAUAUAAAUUGUCGAAA